AUGCAACUCAAGGUUCUGAUGAAGCAACAUUUGGCAAUCAGUGAUACAGUACAGAUGCUGAUAAUGAACUUCAGUUUGCAAUUUCUUUCUACGAUAAUUAUGGCUUUCAUUGAAAUCACUUUCAACUUGUACUAUUACUUAGUACAAGUACAAAAAGAUGUGUUUGUGGACGACCAGAUAAAACAAGUCUUUAACGAGGUAUUCGUUACAGCUGUAAUGUAUGAAACUGUAAAAAUAGUGUUGAUAGUUUGGGCUUGUCAAUCUGGCAAAAAUCAAAUCUUGGAGAUAAAUACUACCGUUCGCGACAUGUAUAACAGCACCAGUAAUAAAGAUGUAAAAUAUGAGAUUUUUGAUUUGCAGUUACAGUUAUUUUCCUUGCAAUUAAUGCAUCGUGAUAAUAUAUUUUCCACAAAAGUACUUAUUGUGGACGCUACGCUUCUCACUACGGGUAGUAUAUUGGGCAAGAUUACCUUAGUAUACAUCGAAAUGUUGGUGUUACAAAUGGAUAUGCUAUACAUAAAUUGUGUUUGCGUAAUAAAAGCUUGUUUUAAGCAAAUCAACGACAGUCUGGUAAAUCUGCGAGAACUUAUGGUGAACAGUGAGCCAUAUACUUUGAGAGAAAUAAAUAACGAAGAGAGAAAUACAGUUAUACUGAUGGAACUCAAAAUUUUGAAAAAGCAGCACAUGGCAAUCAGCGAUACAAUACAAAUGCUGAAUAUGAUCUUCACUUUGCAACUCCUUUUUACGAUAAUUAAAACUUUCAUUUUUAUCACUUUCAACCUGUAUUUCUGCUUAUUGCGAGCACAAAAUACUGAAUCUUUAAACAAUCUGGAAAAAGAGAUCUAUUACAAUACCUUAAUUGCAAAUGUAACAUUUUACAUUACAAAAAUAAUGCUAAUUGUAUGGGCCUGUGAAACCAGUAAGAAUCAAGCUAUGGAGAUCAGCACCACUAUUAUCGAUGUAUCUAAUAGCAAUAAUGAUAAGGAAAUAGAAUAUGAGUUAGAGUUAUUUUCCUUGCAAUUAAUGCAUCGCAAAAAUAUAUUCUCUGCAAAAGGAUUUACUAUUAACGCUAAAUUUCUUACUACGUUCCAAAGAUUCAAAGACAAAAAAAAAGGAAACAUAUGGUCGCUAUUCCGCGCUACAAAUUUUGAAUCACUGAUGUAUCCUUGCUUCAUUUUCUGCCGAAUUCUGGGAGUAUUUCCAUAUAAGAUCAGGGCUUCAACCAUUAAGCCUUGUAAACCAUACUACAUUCUAUCGAUUAUUGUUAUCUGCACUUUUUGUGUUUGCGAAUUAAAAAAUCUUUAUGACCUCAAUUUUACUAAUAACUUUAUGUUAAAAGGAAUUCCCAUUAAACUUGAACGUAACUGUUUCUACAUUUUAAGUGGUUUUACAACAGUUAUUACAUUUCUUUUGAGUGGGCCACGAAUGCGUUUACUUCAGACCAUACUGGUGGUCUCUUUGAAUUUGUCAAAGGAAUCAUAUCGGAAUCUAUCUAAACUAAUCCAUGCCAAGGACAUUUUUGGAUUCUUUUAUAUAAUUGUACAAGUGCCGAUAUUUUGUUAUAAUUUGCCAUAUAAUACCUUGUACCAGAUUUUCUUAAUAUACAUCUGUUUGCUUGUAUUUCAAAUGGAUAUGUUAUACAUGAAUUGUGUUUGCAUAUUAAAAGCUUGUUUCAAACAAAUCAACGAUAGUCUGGCACAUUUGCAAAUAUUCAUGACAAAUGAUGAGCCAUAUCUUUUGAGAACCUAUUACAAGCAAAGAAAUCCGUUCCUACUGAUGCAGCUCAAAGCUCAGAUAAAACAGCAUCUAGCAGUUAGUGACAUAGUACAGAUGUUGACAACGAUUUUCAGUUUGCAACUUCUUUCUACGAUAAUUUUGACAUUCAUUGAAAUCACUUUCAAUCUGUACUUUUACCUAGUGCAAUUACAAGAGGGAGCAACGUCUUUAAACAAUCUGGCAAAACAGGUCUAUAACGAGAUCUUCAUUACAACUUUUACAUAUAAUAUUGUAAAAAUUUUGUUGAUAGUUUGGGCUUGUGAAACUGGCAAGAAUCAAGCCUUGAUGAUCAAUACUACCGUUCACGACAUGUAUAACGGUACCAGCGAUAGAGAAAUAAAAUAUGAGUUACAGUUAUUUGCCAUGCAAUUAAUGCAUCGUAAAAAUAUUUUUUCUGCAAAGGUACUUAUUGUGGACGCUACGCUUCUUACUACGAUGAUGGGUAGUGUUGUCACGUAUCUAUUAAUUUUGUUACAAUUUUUGUCGAUGUCGAAUAUUUGCAAUAGAGUAUCUUUAAUUCCUUUAAAAGAUAUAAUAUAA